AUGGCAUUGGUGCGGAAGUACGGGAAGCCAAACAUCUUCCUCACGAUGACCUGCAACCCUAACUGGGAAGAGAUCACACAUGAGCUCGAGCAUGGCCAGAUACCUCAAGAUCGCCCAGAUCUCAUCGUGCGUGUUUUCAAGGCAAAGCUCGAGGAACUAAAGAAGCAGUUGUUUGAGAAGCACAUGCUUGGCAAGGUCCAGGCCUAUGUAUAUGUUGUGGAGUUCCAGGAGAGGGGAUUGCCGCACGCCCAUUUCCUGCUGAUCAUGCAGGGCAAAUAUAAGCUCGUGUGUCCAGAGCAAUAUGAUUGUAUCAUCUCUACUGAGCUCCCGGACAAGCACAAGUACCCAGAGCUAUACAAGAUGGUUGUCAAGCACAUGAUGCAUGGCCCUUCUGGUGUGCUGAACUCCUAG